UCUCUCACUCUAUCGCGCGCUCUCGCGCUCUCUAUCCCGGCGGACUCAGACUCAUCGCCCCCCCCCCCCCAGUCCGCUCCGGCCGUUCCCUCUGAGAGUAGCGGCAUGAUGCGACCCAAAGACCUGCGGCAGGGCUCCGGCACCAAGACCUUCCUGGACGCCAUGCACGGCGGCAAGGUGCACCUGGCGCGCUUCAUCCUGGACGCGCUGGACGGACGCAUCAUCAACUCCAAGACGGAGAGCGGCCGGACCCCGCUCAUGUUCGCCGUGCGGCUGCCGGAGCCCGGGGCCCGCGCCAAGUUCGCCCGGCUGCUGCUGGAGAAGGGCGCCGAGGUCAACCUCCAGGACGAGGACGGCCGCACCGGGCUGAGCCACGCCUGCGAGCUGGGCCACCUGGAGGCCGUGAAGCUGCUGGUGCAGUUCAACGCCGACCCCGACGUGGCGGACGCCUGGGGCAACAACGCCCUGAUGUACGCCGCCUUCUCGGGCCACGCCGCCGUGCUGGAGUUCCUGGUGCGGGCCUUCAAGAGGCUGGGCUUCAAGCUGGACCGCACCAACUGCGCCGGCCACUCGGCCCUGCAGGUGGCCGGCUUCUUCGGCCACAACCAGUGCGUCCAGAUCCUCAGCUUCCCCUGCAGGAGCCGGGCCGCCGGGGCCGAGGACCCCGCCGCCGACACCGGGUGUUCCUCCGUGUCGCCCGGGGAGGGACACCCGCCCAGCCGGCUCCCCCGCCACAUCCUGGAGCGCUUCUCCAAGCAGCUCGGCAACACUGAGCAGCAGCGUCAGCUCCCGGGGGUGUUCCACCGACAGCUGAGGGCGGCGGACGCCAUGGGCCUGUGGAACCGCUUCAGCUGCCCCGCCGGCCAGCCGCCGGAGGACAGCCACCAGCGCCUCCAGCACCCCGCUCCCCCUCACCCAGAUAACAGCGUGCUGUCAACCGCCAAGCAGCUCCACAACUGCCAGCUGAGAGACCUGAGAGGCGCAACAACAGUGAACUCCGCGCCAACUCCGAGCCAGACGGAUGUCAAACGCGGCCCCCUGCGAGGGACCCUGGAGGCCUUCCCCCUCUGGGGCAAGGCAAAGUCGUUUAACUCGGACCUCCUGAGCGGCAGGAAGCAGUCCUACCAGGGAGAGGUGCGGGACGGCAGCUUGUCUGCCAGCAGGCUGAAGAGGGCCUCGCUGCAGGACGAGCGAUCCCUCCUGGACAAGAUGGAGUGUCAGGGCCACCGCCGCAGUCUGGCGGCCGACGGCGAAAAAACCAACACGCUGGUGAAAGCACAGCUGAGCGGGAAGACCCCCGCUGAUCAGCUGUCCGGCGGGUCACCGAAGGAGCGGGCCUGCGACCAGCUGGCUUCCUGCCCGGGCUGGAGGGGGGAACAGCAGCUCAAGAGGGGAAGCAUCCCCGCCAUCGGCAGCAGGAACAAGCUGCUCUUCAUCAGAGGGGAGACGGGGGACCCCCGGAAGGCGUCGGAGCACGGGCACGCGGCGGGCCUGACGGGGCUCGGGACCAGGCUGCUGAGGCGGUUCACCGCCCCGGACUUCAUGAGGAUGGUGAUAGACUGCUCCUCGGCCAACUCCUCCUCCGCCUCCUCCACGCACAGCCGGGGCCGGAUAUCCCGCUCGGAGACGUUCCCGUUGUCGCACCAGCAGGUGAACAGCCAGCCCAGCGUGGACAGUAUCAGCGGGGUGCGGUGCGAGUUUGACAGCAGCUCCUGCUCCCAGGCCACGCUGGGCUAGGAGAGUGUGUGUGUGGGAGACUGUGGAGCAGCAGGUUAGGUUUACUACCACGGAUGUCAUUGUGUUUUUUUAUUCUAAUGCACCUAGAAAAUAAUGGAUAAUGUAUUGCAUUGAUUGGUUAAGUAAUUGCUAUUAUUACCUGCUGAUUGCUUUCAUGUACUACACUCCUCUACUAUAGAUAUUUUUACAGAAUAUAUCGUAACGGCAGUGAUGAACACUUUACAUUAACCUCGCUAUAUUCUCGCUAAAAGUCGCAUUAUUUAUACUUCAUGUAUCUUGAUGCUGGUUUGUAAGCAAGGGAGAUCGUUGUUUGUUAACUUAUGUAUAUAUUUGUAUAGAGUUCAUUUGUAUUAAAGUAUACUUUGUGCUACGCAAUCUUUGCUUACAAAUCCUAUAACUUUUGUAUGUAUUCCACGCCGUACCACUACAGCUGUAUGAUUGUGCUCUGUAUUAUUCCAAGCUGAAUAUCUAAUAAA